AUGGAUAAGACAGCUCUCCUCAUCAUAGACGUACAGUACGACUUCCUGCCUCCCUCAGGCUCAUUGGCCGUUCCAGACGGGCAAGAUAUCUUACCUGUCAUCCACGAUCUGCUUGAUGAAAACAAGUACGAUUGGCCAGUGAUAGUAGCUAGUCAGGACUACCACCCAAGAAAACACAUAUCAUUCGCAUCCACCCACCCACCUCAUAAACCAUUCGAACCUCUACUCGUGCGGGAUGCGAGGGGUACGACCUACCAGCAGACAUUAUGGCCUGAUCAUUGUAUACAAGGUACGAAGGGUACAGAGAUUGAAGAGAGUAUCAAAGAAAAGCUAGAUCAGUGGGGAAGAAAAGUCAGACUGGCAAGGAAGGGUACACAUAUGAAAUUAGAAGCUUAUUCCGCAUUCGAUGGUGAUGCUCACCCCGGAGAACAGAAAUUACCGUCAGAAAGUCCUCUGAGUACAUAUCUUAGGAAACAAGGUGUUGAAAAAGUGGUAAUUGUAGGUCUAGCUACUGAUUUCUGUGUACUUCAAACUGCAUUAUCGGCUAUCUCAGCGUCAUUUGAUACGCUAAUCCUCGGUCCAGCUGUGAGAGGAAUAUCUCCCGAGGACACAGACAAGGCACUUGUAAAAAUACGAAAUUUAGGAGGCAAGGUGAUAGAUCAGAAUGAGGACAAUUGGGAAACUAGGCUGGAACGCUGGUUCAAUUCAUAA